AUGGCAUCGGAGGGAUCGCCCUGGCGAACCGACGAAGACGUGGAUGCUGGUAGUCCUUGGGGCACCAAUGAUGAAAAUCUGAACCCUGAGGGUUCUGAUGCCAACACUUGCCGCAAGUGUGGUGCCACUGACCACUUUGCGCGCAACUGUCCCAAUGAAUCUAACGAGCAGUCCUCUCGUGCUUGCUUCAACUGUGGCCAGGAAGGUCACAGCAAGGCCGAUUGCCCUGAGCCUCGAAAGAUGACCGGUGCCUGCUUCAACUGUGGCCAGGAAGGUCACAGCAAGGCCGAUUGUCCCGAGCCUCGAAAGAUGACCGGUGCCUGCUUCAACUGUGGUGAAGAAGGACACUCGAAGGCUGAUUGCCCCAAGCCACGCGAAUUCAAGGGAACCUGCCGUAUUUGCGAGCAGGAGGGCCACCCUGCCGCUCUGUGCCCCGAGAGGCCUCCUGACUUCUGCCGCAACUGCAAGAGCGAAGGUCACCUGGCCAAGGAUUGCACCGCGAACCGCAAGUUUGACUUGGGCGAUAUUGCCGAUAAGACUCCCGAGGAGGCCUGGGCAAUGCUGAAGGCCGCUAAUGAUGAGCGAGACCUUCAGGAGUUCCGCGAUGCCUUUCAGGUGUACUCCAAGUCUAAGCCUUUGGCUACUUACGUUGACAUUGAGAAGAAGAUGCGCGAGGAGAACUUCAACAUCUACCUCAUUGCUCUGGAGAAAGACCCAGUGGAUGUGAUGAGCCUCAUCGACCUCCAGGGUGUACUUGAUCGGGAGUUUGUUGUUGGCUUUUACUACAAUGCAACUCCUCAGAGACGUCACCUUCGAUCUCGCUGGCCCACUACUCCCGAGGAGAAUCUUGAGCGCUUGGCAAAUGCUGGCUUGCCCUAUGAUCGUCAGGUUAUCAAGUGCCACAACUGUGGAGAAAUGGGCCAUGGAUCCCGUGCCUGCAAGUCUGAGCAUGUCGACGUUGAGAAGGUUGAGAUCUUGUGCGUCAACUGCCAGGAGAUCGGCCACCGUGUUCGUGAUUGCCCCAAGCCCCGUCGCAGCAAGAAUGGCUGCCGUAACUGCGGAUCUGAGGAGCACAUGUCCAAGGAGUGCCCUGAGCCUCGAUCUGCUGAGGGUGUUGAGUGCCGUCGUUGCAAUGAAACGGGUCACUUUGCCAAGGAUUGUCCCAAUUCUGGGGACGCUCGUGGCCCUCGCACCUGCCGUAACUGCGGUUCUGAGGACCACAUCGCUCGUGACUGUGAUCAGCCACGCGAUGAAUCCACUAUGACCUGCCGUAACUGCGACCAGACUGGCCACGUUUCUCGUGACUGCCCCGAGCCCAAGAACUGGUCGAAGGUGAAGUGCAACCGCUGCGGCGAGAGUAAGUCAACCCAUUCAUAUCCCCCAUCCAACCAAUUCUUCUAA